GCCAAUUAUACUUAGAAGCUUAGGAUGCUUAAGAGAUCAUGUGCCAGAUGAGAAAAUCACUUUAAUGAAGUGGGGAAAUGUUAAAAUAACAGACAAAAAGGAGGUUGAUGGUUAAAUCUUAUUGACUGGUGAGAACUUGCCAGAUGAUAAGGAUUUCAAAACAACCAAUAAAUAUACUUGGCUUGCUAAGGAUACUCCUAUUGUCAAUGUAGAUUUGGUUGAAUAUGAUCAUCUCAUUAAAGUUAAAACUAUUGAAGAACAUCACGAAUUUGAUGACUAUUACAAUUCAAAUAGUAAAUACGUUACUGAAGCAUUGGCCGAUGCUGGAAUUAAGACACUCUAAGUUGGAUCCGUAUUGUAAUUUGAGAGAAGAGGCUUUUUCAGAAUAGAUAAAAUUGUUGGAGAUAAAUAUGAAUUGAUUUAUAUUCCAGAUGGUAAAACUAAAGCAGCCAGUAUUUAAACCAAAUUAGAUUUGAAAUCAGUUCAAACUGGAACUGUAGAUGAAUAAAAGAAAGAAUAAUAGCAAUAAUAAUAAUAAGAAUAACCAAAAUAAUAAAAGUAAUAAGAACAACCAAAUCCAGAAAGCAAAAAAUAAUAAAAGAAAUUAGAAGCUGAAAAGAAGAAGGCUGAGAAAAAGGCUGAGAGAUAAGUAGCAUAAUAAGGAGAGAAAAAAGAGUGAAGUAAUAUUCAUAUAUUAUUAUUUACAUCAAACUAUAUAUAUAUAU